AUGUGUGUGUAUUGUGCAUUUGAUAAUGAAUGGUUAUUACUGUUUCAUUUUUAUAGCAGUUUUACCAAGGAGAUGCGGACCAGAACAACAAUGACGAGCGGUGCGCCUGCACGGCGCAUGACUUCUCAGGGUCAUGUAACUGCUUGCGUAUCCAAUAAUAAUGACUCUAUGGCUGCAAAGCUGAGGAGGUGCCCCAGCUGUCAGUGCUACGGUUGUAGCGCCUUCACUGACCGAUUGAUUUUUUGUGUGGGAGAAUGCAGGAAUUGUGGCGAGGAAGUUGAUCUUCAUGAUCUUGCAGCUCAUGAGGCGCAGUGCAUGGGACUAGGAGCGGUUGAGGGCACUCUUAUCAUCUGUGCGAAAUGUUGUCGGGGGCUGAAACCAGGCAACAUCCCCACCACUUCCGAAACCAAUCACGACAAGGAACAAAAAGAGAAAAACGUUCUAUCUUUUUCCAAGGGGAAAUGCUGCAAGGGACCGUAUACACAUCAAACCCAUGCUGUAUGCAGAGGGGAAUGCAGAAAGAAGAAUGACGGGAGCAACGUAUCUUCCGUUCGCUGUGGGGGUUCCUGCAAUGGUCAUCGCAAAGACGGGCCCUGUGCUGUUUGUUGCGACACGCUUCCACACCUUACCCAACGUGAGGAAGGCCAUGUCCACUGCAAGGGUCAUGUGUUUGAGUGUACCACAUGCGGACAGGUGUUUAUGACUGCUGUCAAGUACGCCAUGCAUCUUUGUUGCGGUCGCACAGAUCCUGAGCCAAAGUCUUCUACCUGUGGGCUAUCGGAAGAUACUGUAAAGGAUCGUGGAGGUUGUUCUUACCCCACAUGGGAGACUUCGUGUCUCAGUGUUUCGCCAUUAAAAGGUCCUGCCCCUCAUACGCCAGUUGCCACGAGGCCGCAAUCCGCAACUACCACCUCGUUGCCAUCAUAUGCUGAAUGCCCAUCGCCGUCCCCAAGUUUACUGCGAGCGGCGGCUGUCAAGCCUCCCAGCCGUUCCUUUGAGAAAUCAUCUGGUGCGAGCAGUGGUGUUCUUGGAGGUAACCAAGCAAAGAAGUCCAAAUCCCGACUCCGUGGCGAUUCCUCCACUGAGGCAAGGGAUGAUUUGGGCAGGCGUCAACCGAAUAAAGGAAUACAUGCGGCGGAGGGAACAGCCAGUUCCAACUUCAGGGUGUCUGGGCGUGCAGAAAGUGUACCGCGAAACCGAGUGUCAGAAGAAGGUGGUUGUAGCACAGGCCUAGUUGGACGCAAUAAUGUUUGGAGGCCACUACCUCUAUUUGCGGGAGACGGUGGGAGGAGAAUGGGACCGUCGCGAAUGUCGUCGGCUGCUGGGAGUUUAAGGAGCUCUGUGAUGGAUUCUCGUGAGCGUGACGGAGAGCAUGGAACAACAAUUUGGAGAACCAGGGAGGCACAACCGGAUAGCUUCAUUCCAAUUGUUGAGAAGACUUCACCCUCUCACCAUCAGAGUCACUCUGCCACAGUUGUCGACUGUAUGGGUUCCUCCGUGAGCGUUACUACGAUUAACAGCCGCGUAGCUGCACCACUUAUACUCGUCAGCCCUUGCCGCAAGAGGGAAGCAGUGAGUGAUACAGUGUCAAUUGAAGUAAUCACGAGGGACACGGUUGGUGUCGACGCCGCUGUGAUGAAACGCAUUUGCUAA